AUGGGCCCAUGCACGAGGUCUGUGUGUGGUUUGGCGCUUCUUGUUUUUUUUGUCGCCGCACUCUCUUCUCGGGUAGCAUACAUUGAACUGGACCUUGGCGAAGCGGAUGACUGUAGCCCGCGUCCUUUAUGCAGUUCACAUCCAACCCUCGUGAAGAGGCUUCUGUGCUUCUUUUUUUGUUAUCCCGUAAACGUUGACGGGAGCGAUUACAAGAAGCAUGUGUUGGAUCGAUUGAGGCGACUUACGCAGCGAAACUUGAAGGGACAGCCGCAUGUGGUUGAAGGUGUCAUACGAAGCAUUGCCGCCAAACUUGAAAAUCCAGACAAACCACUGGUGCUUCACUUUGCGGGUGACAAUGGGGUGGGGAAAACAACGCUGGCGCAAAUUAUUUCUUUAUCUUUGGGUCUCCGGUGCCAUGACACCGCGUGUGAGACGGGUGACUCCACCCUGGUGCUCUCAGGUGUUAGCUACGAUGGUUACAGUGUGCAGGAGUUUCGUCGGGUCGUGAUUCCAAAGGUUGUACAGCACAUUAUAAGGUUCCCAAAAAAUGGUGUCAUCAUCAUCAACGACCUUGGAGCUUUGCACCCAGAUCUCGUGCGUGUCCUCCUCCCACUGUUAGGCAGGGCGACCUCCUUCCCUGAGGCUCCCGGCGUGUUUCUAAGCCGUUUAUUUGUCAUUGUGACUACAGAUUUUGGAAGACAGGGCCGAACACAGGGCAAGAGCCUCACUGAAAUGCGCCGUAUCGUUGAGGAUGAUUUUAAAGGUCUCUAUAGUCAAUUGUCAUCAUCUAUGAUUGAAACAUUUCCAUUUCUUUCAGCGGCACUGGAUACAGCCAAGGAGAUUGUAUGGCUGACCAUCAUGAACUAUAAAUGCCGGCACAGGGAAGCAAUCCGAGAGUUGCUCGUAAGCGAAGAUGCGAUUUUGUGGUUGGUUGAUUUUGUACGUGAUGAUCUUCCCAUGGAAAACGGUCGCUGCGUAGCUAAUGCUGUAUCCGCAUUGGUGGGUCCGGGAAUUUUGCGUCAUUUGCUGGAAAACCCUUCAACCCCGGUAACCCUGCGCGUUGACAUCAACGAUAAUGGCUCUGUUACAGUUCUUCCAGUACGAACCGAUUAG